AUGGACGAAAAGUCACGUGUUUCGCCGCAGCAAGAAUUUGAAAAUAGAUACUCCAGGGUUCUGCUGUUGCUGGAAUGUGCGGGCUCGUUCAGGGAAGCCCCUGGAAGAAACUGCACAUUCCUGCCAAUUAGGUACUUAGCGAAGGGCAAGCAGCAGUUUGUGGGGAGUAGGCUCGACAGAGCAAGUACCACGGCCUCACAGAAAGCCAGUGCGAAGUGGAAA